AUGGUGCCAAAUGGUGCUGAUGUUGAAUUGGCUCUUGUACAACAAAAUGUAGUCACAAAUACUGCAGAUUCUGUACGCUUUCCUAAAGAGCGAAAGAAACGUGCGAGAUACGUCUCGAUAAUAUUAUGUACAAUUACAGCUAUACUUGUAAUCGUUUUCUGUGUCGUCAAUCGAAAUGUGGUCGAGUACUACCCUGAUGCAACUCAGAAAAAUACAACAAAUGUUUGCUACAAAAAGGAGGGGAAAUUAACCUUUUCCGGCUUGUUCGCCACCGUGUUGGGUUUAUUUGGUGUCGUACUCGGCACGUUGGUCGACCGCUUGUCGCUUAUUGCCGAAGAACGCCAUCAUCUACAAGAACGCUACGACGGAAGUCGUAAAAAGAUGAUCAAAGCUUGCUUCAGUGGAAUCUUAUGGGGUCCAGUAUUCGUUUUGCUAGGUUUGACCUUUGUAAUUGUCGUUAUUCUUAUUUUUACAACGGGUAAGCCGUGGCUUGAGCUAAGCUAUCUUGUGUAUAUUUUCAGCGGAAUCGGCGUGGGUCCACUGAUAAUGCACUUGCUUAAUUUGAACACACAGUCCGAGGUUCACAUUUCUACAAUUCUUGAAGAAAAACAGAUUUAUGUCGCUAACGGACUUGCGUGGUCGUAUUACUUCAACUACCUCGAUAAAGCUUUGCCGAAAUUCAACGAAAAACUCGCCAAUAACAGUUGCAAUACAGUAGAAUAUAAAAAAGGACAACAUGUAGACUUAAGUUCAAAUAAAUUGAUCUUGCUCAUAUCACACGAUUGUACAACAAGAGAUAAUCUGACAAAACUGGAUAAUAAGAUCAGAAAACUAGGAACAUUUUCUAACCGCAAAUACAAAUUUCCUGUUUAUAAAUUAACAUACAACGACUGUAACUAUGUUUACGCCAUACAGUACGUGGAGCAACCCUUACAAACUUUAAAGAAGAUGAGUACGUUGCAAUCUGAAAGCAUCAAGGCACUAGAUGAGAAACAAUGCGACUACCAAGUUAAACUUCUCUGUAGAACACUAUCCGCGAUUCUGAAAAACCCAGACAAUACAGAAUGUGAAGAUACGUGCAUUCUCGUAGCAACGAAGGCGAAUUCUAGAGAAAGUCUAAAUAAUGGAGGGCUAGUUAAUGUCAUAAUGCAAGAAGUCAAAGCAAAUGAAUCCGGCACACUCGAGUAUGAGGAUGGGUUCAUACAAGUCCCCCCACUCGCCUGA